AUGAGCCAUAAUAUUGGAGGGAUGGCACCCUAUGUUAGCAUGCCAAGGGGGCGCAACCAAAUGUAUUAUCCUCCCUGUCCAGGGAUGGAACCUCAUCCUCACAUGACAAGAACCCCUUUCUUUCCAGAUGAAAAGAUGAAUUGUGGUAUGGGCAUGACUGAAUUCAAACCACCAAUGAUGACCAACCCAGAACCUCCACCACCUAAAAAGAAACGGAGAGCUUCCAACAACAAUUCUGCUGCUGCUGCAGCUAAUCAGCAACCUCCUCCCGUCAUGCAAGAUCUUCUCCCGCCUCCACUAACAGGUUAUGGAGAUACAAUCGUCGCCUCUAAUCCUUUUGAUGAUACUCCGCCACAGCAACAUCAGUCGAGUGCUAGGCACAUGAGCUGUGGACCUAUGAUGAUGGGUGGUGGAUCAUGUGGUGGUAUGGCGGGCUCUCCUAUGAACUGCGGACCACCGAUGAGCCCCAUGGGUAUGUGUGGACCUCCGAUGAUAUCAAGUCCUAUCGGUCAGAAUAGAAGUCCUCUUUGUGGUCCUGGAAUGAUGUGCGGCCCUACACCUGGCAGCCCAAUGCCACAUCGCAGUCCGACAGUUGGUAGUCCUCUUCUUAAUAUGGAUUGCAUGGGUCAGUCCAGAAAAGGAUCGCCAAUGAUGCCUCAUUCUUCCAUGAAUUGUGUUUCCCCUAUGGGUUCACCUCUUGGAAAUGGACCAAUGUGUCCUUCAGGACCAAUGUCGAGUCCUAUGGGCAUGGACAUGAGGCCGAUUAACAGCCCGAUGUGUAUGAACAAUGGUGCUCCACAAAAUAACAUUCAGCAGUGUAGUAUGCCUAGUGAUAUGUGUAAAAGUGGUGUCGUGAAUACUGCUAACGGACCCAUUAGGCAACAGAACACUAUGAUGAACCACCAUCCGCCUCCUCCCCCAACAAGCGGGCCACCGUUAGGAAUGAACGUUCAUCCCGGUAUGCAUCCCAUGUCGAUGCAGCACCCUCCUCAUGGCUACCCUCCACCCAAGCCGAUGCCUGUGUCUGCUGGAAAGAUUUAUCCAGUAGAUCAGUCUAUGGUCUUCAAUCCACAAAAUCCUAAUGCUCCUCCGAUAUACCCGUGUGGAGUAUGCCAUAAAGAAGUGCAUGACAAUGACCAGGCCAUACUUUGUGAAUCUGGCUGCAAUUUCUGGUUUCACCGGGUAUGCACAGGAUUAACUGAAACAGCUUAUCAGUUGUUAACAGCAGAAGUCUAUGCUGAGUGGGUUUGCGACAAGUGUCUUACAACCAAGAACAUACCUCUUGUCAAGUUUAAACCUUAA